GCGUGUCGGGCGUGGUGACGCAGGACGCGCAGCGCGCGGGCGGUCCGCGCAGGGCGCGUGCGCGGGGCCGGGUGCGGCUGUAGGUGCAGCGGGGCUGGUGCUGCGGGACUGCGCGCGCCAUGUCGGGGCGCUCGGUGCGGGCCGAGACCCGCAGCCGCGCCAAGGAUGACAUCAAGAAGGUGAUGGCAGCCAUCGAGCGCGUCCGCAGAUGGGAGAAGAAAUGGGUGACCGUGGGCGACACAUCCCUGCGGAUAUUCAAGUGGGUGCCAGUGGCGGACAGUAAGGAGAAAGAGAAAUCCAAAUCGAGUAGCAGCGCAACCCGAGAAUCCAAUGGCUUCCCUGCUGACAGCUCUGCCAACUCCUCCCUCCUUCUGGAGUUCCAAGAUGAGAACAGCAACCAGAGCUCCCUGUCUGAUGUGUACCAGCUCAAGGUGGACAGCAGCCCCAACUCCAGUCCCAGUCCUCAGCAGAGCGAGUCCAUGAGUCCUGCCCACACGUCUGAUUUCCGCACAGACGACUCGCAGCCUCCCACCCUGGGGCAGGAGACUCUGGAAGAGCCCUCCCUGCCUUCCUCAGAAGUGGCAGAUGAGCCUCCCACUCUCACAAAGGAAGAGCCGGUCCCCCUUGAGACUCAGGUAACUGAAGAGGAGGACUCUGGUGCACCACCUCUGAAGAGAUUUUGUGCUGAUCAGAACUCUGUGUGCCACACGGCCUCGGAGAGCUAACCUGCCUGGCACAGCACCUUCAUCAACCCCUUGCAGAGCCACCUGGCCCCCCCAGGACCAGCACUUCCCUCCAGCCUGCCGCUUCCCCAGUGUCGGGGCUCCCACCACUCACAUCAAGUGCACCCUGCCCUGCCCUGCCCGACGGAUGGGGCUGCUGCCAGUACCUGCAAAUUUGCCUCUAUUUAUUGGCUCCCUCUCUCCCUGCUUCCUGCCCUAGAGCUGGAGGGUCUCCACUGGGUGGGUUGCAUGUGUGGGGGGUUUCUCCAUGGGGCUCCUUGCUCUCCAUGGUCCCCAGGACACUGGCAGAUGCUGUUUGCCUGCUUGUGGCUCCUCUGCCUGCCCUUCCCCUGGGUGCUGGAACAGGAGAGCCACCUUCUACAUGCUCCGGGUGAUGUGUCCACUGGGCUAUGGGAGCAGUGUGGAGUGGUGAGUGUGCGGAGUAGUGAGGGGAGGGCGGCAGGGACCCACUGGGACGCUGUGCAAUAAGCUGCUAGUUAAGCCAUUCGUACUGGGAGAGAGAGGAGCACUUUACCCUCCCAGAGGGCAGGUACUGACCGGCCUUAGCUCUGCCGCGGGGCACAACUCCAGCCGGGUGGAAUCUGCAGUCCCUCGGAAGCCGGCAGAGGAUGGAGAGCCGCUUGCCCUGUGCCGAGGGCUUUGCCCCGGCCUAGGUACCAGCUAUCCCCAGGAUGGGGAGGAAGCUGCGGGGUGCUGGAGCCCCCGGGAAGCGCUCCUGCCAUGGGGCUCUGCCGCCCCCCAAUACCCGCUGCUUCCUCCCCCCCCCCGCAGCCCCACUCUCUCCCCGCUGCCACUGCAUGUCCCGCCGAGUCCGUGAUCGAGCCUGGUGAAGCUGGAGGCGCGGCCGCGUGUGGAAGUGGAAAGUUAUUUUAGCACUGAAUAGAAUAUUUUUGAAAUUAAACUUUGAAAUACAGAUGCAGAACACGAUGUCGGCCGCCCCCGGCCGGGUGGGGAGGGGCGAUGCGGAAGGAGAAGGGUAGGGAAGUUUCUGCUAGAUGGGGCCCGGUGCCGGCAGUCACCGCCUGCCGUGCGCACGAUGCCGGCCGGGAGGGCGGUUCCCCGGGAAGUUCGGUCAGCGCCCGGUCCCCGUUCCCCCCACCUUCUUCCCUGCCGGUGGCCGGCGCUGUCCGGAGUUGGUGAGGGGCGGCCCCGAGCCGAGGCGGCAGCAGCUCCCAGCGGAGCCGGCUCGGGGCAGGUGGGAGGGAAGAGCAGCCCGGGGCGGCACCUCCGCCCUGUGCAGCGGUUCCGACCUCGGCCCCGCCCCGGGCUCUGACCGCUCCGCGCUCGCGCCUUUCCGGGGGACUCUGCUCGCGGCUCCUCGCUGUCAGGGACCGCGGGGGCCGGGAGAAAUCCGGCGCGGCUGCGGGACCUGGGAUGUGCUUUGGACGUGACUUCAGGGCAGUACCAGAGCGUCCCAACAAUUUCCAUAAUUAACCGGCGGCCUCCGCACCAGCCCACUCAGACCUGACUGCUCCUGCAAUAAAUUAUUUUAAUUUUGA